AAUUGACAACCACCACCAGAACGACCAUCUUUCUCCUUCGGUACGGAAUAAAGUGCGUGUGUUGAAGGAAGAUUUUAGGCACGAAUAAGUUCGAUUUUUACGAUUAAAUUGCUUCAAAAUGCUUUCAAGAGCAGCACUUUUGGCCGCCGCUAAGAAACCCGCUGGGCUUGUUCUGGCCCGCGGAUCUGCCUCUUCAACCGAUAGCAACCGCCCUGUACGAGCGGAACAUCCCGGAAAGGUUCGCCUCGGCUUCCUACCAGAGGAAUGGUUCACAUUUUUCUAUAACAAGACCGGUGUAACUGGACCGUACGUAUUCGGUGCUGGUAUGCUGACCUACCUGUGCUCUAAGGAAAUCUACGUCAUGGAGCACGAAUACUACAACGGUCUAUCUUUGGCCAUUAUGGUUAUCUACGCUGUCAAGAAGUUUGGACCAGCUGUAGCUGCAUACUGCGACAAGGAAAUCGAUAGAGUUGAAGGUGAAUGGAAGGCUGAUCGGGAAAACAAUAUCCAGCAGCUGGCUCAAGCCAUCGAAGACGAAAAGAAGGAACAGUGGCGUGCUGAAGGACAAACUCUGCUAAUGCAAGCCAAGAAGGAAAAUGUUGCUCUCCAGCUGGAGGCUGCCUACCGUGAACGCGCGAUGACCGUGUACCGUGAGGUCAAGAAGCGCCUGGACUACCAGGUAGAGCGCCAGAAUGUUGAUCGUCGCAUCUCGCAAAAGCACAUGGUUGAUUGGAUCGUCAAGAAUGUCGUGAAAUCGAUCACACCCGAACAGGAGAAGGAGACCCUGAGCCGAUGCAUCGCCGAUUUGGGUGCAAUUGCUGCCCGUUCCAAGUAAAUGGUUACUAAUGAACACCAUGCGCAACCUUCGGAAACGAUCAUGAAGUAAGUAUUCGUUUUCCGACAAGCUUGGCAGGUAACAUUUGGGAGUUAAAAAUUAAUAAAUUGAACGAUUUUGUCAAGUUAGUGCGAAAA